GUGGUCGAAGAAGGACCAGCUGGAUGCUAGAACCACGCUUGCUGCUCAGAGACUGAGGCAGCAGCAUCACCAGCCGCAGAUGCCUUCCGGAGCUGCCCGAGGAUGCCCCGGAGCUUUUUGGUCAAGAGGAGUCGCAGACCUAAGCCCAUCUCUUACCGGAUGCGUUGCUCCUGCUACCUGGCCGCUGGGCUGGAAGGAAGCGAUCCGGUGCAGCUCUUGGUUCCUCCACCUUUUCCCGCCCCUCACUUCCCCAGCAUGGCUUCUGCCUCAGAAUCCGCCAAAGUGGAGGGGCCCUCUUCGCGGGCGCCGCUGCACAGUCCAGCGCAAGCGGUGAGCGAGGAACGUAGCCUCCACCUGGCCUCGGCCGUCUCGGCCGUGUCCUUCCCGGCACCAGAACCGUUACUCUUGGGCCCUGGAGGAGACCUCAAGCUUUGGGCAGUCACCGCCGCCGCCACUGCCAUCACUUCUGGCCCACUGCUUGCCCCUCAGUGCAGCCAUGGACCAAACCCAGGCGCACCGAAGCGGUCUCAAAGCAGAAAGGCCAAGGCAGCCCACAAGUUGCACUUCGAGGACAAGGUGAGUACGUCGCCGGUUCGCCGACCAAGGCCAAGCCUGUUCUGGAGGAGACUGCCAAGGGAGGGGGUGGUGGAGGUGGCAACAGUAGUAGCAGCAGCGAGCAGGAUAUGCCGAGUCCAGGGAGUGGUGGGGGCGGCAGCAGCGGAGAACCGGAGGCCUCUGGAGCCAAGGAAUUCACCUGCCCGCGUUGCGCCAAGCGCUUCCAAUGCCAAAGCGCCCUGAAUAAGCACCUGCCGCUCCACCACAAGCCCCUUGAUGGCUUGUCCCAGGCUCGCCCACUUCCCAAGGCCUGUCUGAAAGAGGCAGCGCUGGACGGCCACAGCCCGCUGAGCUUAUCUGGGGAGUGCCACCUCUGCCCAGUGUGCGGUGAGACCUUCCCCAGUAAGAGCAGUCAGGAGCGUCACCUGCGUGUGCUCCAUGCCGCCCAGGCCUUCCCCUACAAAUACUGCCCAUUGACAUUCUACAGCUCGCCAGGCCUCACCUGCCACAUCAACAAAUGCCACCCCUCAGAGAACUGGCAGGUCAUCUUGCUCCAGGUCCCCGUGAGGGUGUGAGAGGGCAGCUGGAGGUUCUGAGGCGCGCGGAUCCUCCGCACAGCUUCUGACGCCCCAGAUGUGCCGCUGCUUGGCUCUCUGCCAGAGCCUCCCCCCCUCCCCAGGCAAUUGUGCAGACUGCUUGUGCAUCCUUGGCAGAGCC